AUGGACACUGUCAAGGCUCCGCGCACGUCCGCGUACGAUGCCGGGAAGGCAAGGAGGGAGUCCCAGGCGUCGAUCGCGUCGGUCCGCGCCAGUGCGCGCAUGACCUCGGCGCACCGCGUGCAGCCGCAGCGGCUGUCUCAGCCGAUUGACGAUUCCGAGAAGGCGGUCGGCGCUGCGGAAUGGUGGAACGCCGGCAUGGUGAUACUGGGCGAGGUCAUGGGCACGGGGGUGCUGGGGCUCGCCGGACAUGCCACCGGCCUCGGAUACCUCAUCGCGUUCCCGGCCAUGGUCAUCUUUGGCUUCACCUCAACGUACUCGGGCCUGCUCCUCUGCCGAUGCAAGGUCGAUCUCUUCGCUGGGGAGGGGGUAGGGGGCUACGGAGACCUCGCAACAACGGUCGGCGGCCCAAUCUUUGGCGCCUUCACCAAGUUUAUGAUCGUCAUCAACUGGUACUUGCUCAUGCCCUACUACCUCGUCGCCUCUGGCGGCUCGCUCUCGGUCGUGGCUCCCGACGCGCCCGUCUGCGGCUACAUCUGGACCCUCAUGAUGGCCAUCCUCAUCCUCCCGCCGAUGCAGUUCACCACUUUGACAGAGGUGUCGCUGCUUUGCGGCGCCUCCACCGCCGCCAUCAUCAUCGUGAUCUUCCUCAUCAUC